AAGAGUACAAAUUCAAGAGUCCGUGAGAGGAAAAGAUGUUUUCAUCAUCCAAACAGUUUCAAAGGAUGUGAACACCACCAUCAUGGAGCUCCUGAUUAUGGUGUAUGCCUGUAAGACCUCUUGUGCCAAGAGCAUUAUUGGCGUGAUCCCUUACUUUCCUUAUAGCAAGCAGUGCAAGAUGAGAAAAAGAGGCUCCAUUGUCUCUAAAUUGCUGGCCUCCAUGAUGUGCAAAGCUGGUCUGACUCAUCUUAUUACUAUGGAUUUACACCAGAAGGAAAUUCAGGGCUUCUUCAAUAUUCCUGUUGAUAAUUUAAGAGCAUCUCCCUUCUUAUUACAGUAUAUUCAAGAGGAGAUCCCAGAUUACAGGAAUGCGGUCAUUGUAGCCAAGUCUCCAGCCUCGGCCAAGAGGGCACAGUCUUUUGCUGAGCGCCUGCGUCUGGGAAUCGCGGUUAUUCAUGGAGAAGCACAGGAUGCUGAGUCGGACUUGGUGGAUGGACGGCAUUCCCCACCCAUGGUCAGGAGUGUAGCUGCCAUCCACCCCAGCCUGGAGAUCCCCAUGCUGAUUCCUAAAGAAAAGCCCCCAAUCACAGUUGUUGGCGAUGUUGGAGGAAGAAUCGCCAUCAUUGUGGAUGACAUCAUUGAUGACGUUGACAGCUUUCUUGCUGCAGCAGAGACACUGAAGGAGAGAGGUGCAUACAAGAUCUUCGUGAUGGCAACUCAUGGCUUGUUAUCUUCUGACGCACCCCGGCUGAUUGAAGAGUCUGCCAUUGACGAGCGGGUCCCUGCGGCAUGGCUGAGGCCGGAUGCUCUGCUCUGCUGUCUACGGGCCGUUCCCCUCCACGCUUCACAAGGAUCUCUUCAGUCUCCAUGGUGCUCUGCACUGUGUUGCCUCAGGCUCUGCACAAGCGAGAAGAGAAGGCUAAGGCACAGCUGUAAUGUGCCUAGCUGAGCAUUGAAGGCAUGCCCCAAGAUACACACAGCCCAUCUGCAGACUCGGAGAUUUUUUUUUUUUUUUUGGUUUCAGGCUCUUAAGAAGUUUCUGAUGAAUCACUAGAUGACCAUUCACCUAACUGAACAGAGACUUCAUUUGCUACCCGUGACAAAGAAUACAGACUUUACAAAAUCAGAAAAUCCACUAAACAAACAAACAGCUACAAUAAUAAACAACAAGCCCUACAAUAAUAAACAGCAAUAAACCCUGAGAAGGGGGGAGAGUCUGAUAUUCAGAUUCCCAUUAACAAUGUUCAAUUUUCAAGGAAAGAUUCUCAGGCAUGUGCUCUAGUUUGAAUGUUUGUCCCCUCUUAAUCUCAUGUUGAAAUUUAAUUGCAUUGUAACAGUAUUGGGAGGUGGGACCUUUGGGAGGCGAUUAGGCCAUGAGGGCUCCUCCCUUGUGAGUGGAACUGGUGCCAUUAUAAAAGGCUGUGUUCAUCUCCCUCCCAUCUUCUCACCUCUGCCAUGUAUUGACACAGCAAGAAGUCCUUCUCAAGAUGCUAGCACCUUGAUCUUGGACUUCCCAGCCUUCAGAAUUGUGAGCCAAUAAAUUUCUGUUCAUUAAAAAUCA